AGCACUGCUGUAACUCCAAUAGAUGAAAAUGAAUACAUUAGAGUGCGAAGGAUGGAAUACCCAGAUCUGAAGUUGUUGACAUCAUGAGACCAAGGAUGGUCUUAUGUUGGUCAAAGAGCAAUUUAGGAAGCAGAAGGUCAAAUUAAUAAAGUGGUCACCACAGGUGGCACUAGUCGGUUGGCAAGUAGGAAGGAGAUUGCAAGCUAUAUAUUCAAUAAACAAGUCCGUAUUGGGUGUCCUGAGUCGUGCGCUGGUCUUGUCAUGAAGCUAAUAGUUGACAAUUUUUAUAAAAAUAACCCUGAUAUGCUGGGUCAGGAUGAUAAAAUAAGUAAAUCGCACCAUUGGGUGAAAUCAAAAGUCACGGUC